GGUGUAUCCUUGUUGGCAGUCCGCGGUAGGUUGCACAGACCCCGUGGUGAACUCUCUCGAGGCCCUGGAGGACCCGUGCUGCUGCCCCCGGCUCCUGAAUAGUUUUGCUAUUAAAAGUGUUGGUUUUUCUGAGUCCUCUCCUCCCUCGCUAGGGGAUGGAGGGGGAAUGAUCACCGCCGAAUUUCCUCCCCCACCUCCUCCUGCGCAUUCUCGGUCGCUCGGUGUCCGCACUCAGGCCCCGGAGCUCUGCCCGGGAUGAGGAACCUGCUCCCCCGGACUGCGGUGCUCGCGGCCCUGCUGGCGCUCAGUUCCUGCCUGACAGGAUCUCACCUGUGCCCUCGGAGUUUAGACUGUGCCCGGGCAGGACGGGGCUUCUGCCAGCCUGGCAGCUCUCAAUGCGGACCCUGCCUGCGCCCUCUGCUGGAGAACGCCCAUGGCCGCUGUGUGGUCAAGAGGAGGCACGCUGCUCACGCCACUAAAGGUAAGGUGAGCACCUAUCCUGAGCUGGAUGAGGAGAUCGACUUCCUGUCUGCCAUCAUCAGUGAACAGAGAACUCUGUCCAGGCUGCCAGCUCCAGCCUCCCAAGCUUCUGAACUCACACCCGGCGCCCCCCCUCUCACACCAUCCACCACAGAGCAGCCCAGGAGCCAGAGUGUCCUGCCCACCAGUGAGGCUCCACCCACCUCCACCACAAACCACACCACUGCUCUGCUCAGCGAUCCCAUCAUCCUCCCGUACCCCCCCCAUGACCAGGUCUUCAUCAUCCUCAGCAGUGUCUUCAUGGUGGUGGCUUCGCUGGCUCUGAUCACAGCAGGCGCCUGUUGGGUCAGAUUGCAGAAAGGAGUGCGUCUGACCCAGAAGGCAGACCGCCCUGCAUACAGACUGAUGAGAGCGCAGGCCUUCGACAAUCUGCCUGGGGACAGGAAGCUGGCCCACAGUGCCCAGAUGUACCACUACCAGCACCAGAAACAGCAGAUGCUCUCCUUGGAGAACGUGUGUGUGGUUGUGUUUGACCUUUGCAGACACAGGGAUGAGCGGAAAAUUGCUGACUCAGGAGCAUCGACAGAUGAGGAGAACGAGGACGGAGACUUCACAGUGUACGAGUGUCCUGGAUUGGCCCCUACUGGAGAAAUGGAGGUGAAGAACCCACUGUUUGACGACUCCACCCUUUACCUUCAAAGGGUCCACAAGUAAACCUGGACUCGAGACACUUACCACUCUGACACAUAAUCCUCGUACACUGCUGUGCUCAGGGCCGGAUGAGUGUGAAAGGGACAUAGAGGCGGAAGAGGAUGAAGAGUGAGGCGUUCAUGGACAUGUAAAGUCACACCACAGGGCUGGUUUCUGUUUGAAACAGGACUGAAUCAGGGAACAAUGCCUCCCAUUCUACAGCUGCAUUCUGUUUUCAAUCUCGUCAUUGUUUCUUUUUAGCUUUGUUCACUAAUUUUGCAAUCUGCCAAUAUGGAAAAAUUCUGAAUAACUUCAGCCAGGUAACCAACAUUGAAUCACAUAUCCUGAGUGAAUAACAAAGGAGAGUCCAGUAACAGUUCAACUGAGCUACCACUAUGACAUUCUGAGUUGAUUGGUUGAUAGACCUCCAUGAAUAUCCAUGUUUAGUGAUUAUGACAUUACGUGUCCCCUUUUUUCCAAAAGGAUUUACAUACAUUCAGUACUGUGGGCAAUCCCCACAGGAGCAGUUUGGGAUGAAUUGUCUCCCCCAGGGACACAACGACACACUGACUGCAGUUGGACUGGAACCAGCGCUCCCCUGAUACAAAGAUCAGCGCAGUAUCCCACUGUGCCACAGCCUCGUAUUGAUAACUUAAUACUCCUUAAUUUAUUGUGUUCUCACUGCAGGCUUUGAUUUUAUUCACACAUUUUUUAAAUCAGUUUUUACUAUUUUAUGAACACACCGUGAUCGUUAUCAGUAUGUUAGCUAUGUAGUUCCUCUAUAAAUGAAUUGAUGACGCUGUGUUAUGACAUCUGAAAAUCAAUAUGCAUUUACAUUUCUAACAAGUCUAUCGUGCAAACUUGCAAAUGAUAUAUAUAUAUUGAUUUCAAAGGAAUUUGAAACUUCUUUACCGAGAACUCUGAAACAGAGUGUGUAUAUACAGUAUCUCUGAAACAUGGCUUGUCUCCAUGGUUUUGUGAUCUGUAAAUAGCUGCUAACAUGUACAGGACAGAGAUCUUGUGUUAGUACUUGUGUUCCGCUUGUUUGUGUCAGAGCUUCAAUUGUUUGUUUCCUUAUUGUUAACUGAAGGGUUUGAAGGGUUCCUGCACUUGUGCAAAGGACAGUAAAUGUCUCAGUAAGUAAUGUCCCGGUUUUGAAAACAUAAUUCACCUAUUAUCUGUGGAGCAUUAUAGUUUGUAGUGUAAUAGUUUUGUAGAUAAGAGCCUAGGUAUCAGCACACUAUAUCACAUAGCUCCUGCACAUUUAACCCUACCUAGCCUUCUCCAGAUAAACAUGACAAACGGCCUAAGUCUACUGUAUGUAGGUACAAUGCAAAAGUGCCUUAAAUUGCAUUAUUUCUAACAGCCAGCAGGGGGCGUCUCAUGGGGCUGCAUAAAGAAGUCUGGUGGUAUAGAACUCAAUGAGAAAAUGACCCUAUUACUCACUUUUUUACCUCAGUAAACAUUUUGAUUAUCAGUUUAUCCUCUCACUCACUAGUUCCAUCUCUUCUUCAAUUCAGCAGGAGAUUUAUUUGAUAAAUCUUUUUCCCAGGUGGAGUAAAAUAGACCAAAAGCAGAGUGUGCUUUGGGGGGCAACAUUCUGGUUGAAAAGUCACCAACAACAUGUUGUCGUGUUAGAACUUCCAUCCUUUCACAUUGGGUUUUUUUCUUACAUAUUUCAUCGUUUGCAAAUUUAACUAACAUUUGGUCUCCUCAACAUUUUUUGUGUUUGUUAAGCACAAAAUAAGUUUGGAAAAGUCAAAAUGCCAAAUCUCAAGGCUACAAAGCUGUAAUCCACCAAGCAGUUGGUGAUUGGCGUGAUGUCCUGUGGACUUUUGGCCCCAAAUGCAUACAAGUUUUCCCUUUCCUGAUCAUUAAUAGUAUACAUGAUGAGUGUUAUCAUGAUGGUAUGGGCUAUGUUACACAUAUGACCUCUUGGAUUCUCUGCUUUUACCUUUACUGAAGCUGCUAUCCUCACCUGGCUUAAAUACUCUUUUAGGACUGGAACUAUCUUUCUGUAUACUGUAUGUAUGCUCAUAUUACACUUCCAGGUUGAUAUUUAGCCUCAGUGACAGAUGUUUGUCAGGAAACUUGCAGGAACCCUGAUCUAACUCAGGAAAGCUGUACUCUUUAGCCCCACCCCCUCUCAUCUCUACCACAUUUAAAGAGAUGGUUUAACUAUUUUAGAUGUGGACACAUAUCUACAAUAUGUAAAAAGAAAAUAUCUACAGCAGAUACCAGGGAUUAUUAACAGGGAAGAUCUUCAACUGUGUUGUAAGACUGUUUUAUCCAAACAUACUGAACGUGUUGAACAAAACAAAGGGCCGUCUAUGGUUGGAGGAUUAAGGGAAGAGGAGAAAAGAUACAAUUCUGAUGAUGUUUGCCUUUUUUACAUGUUAUAUAGCUCUGAUUACUGAGAGCCAAACGGUUGCCUUGUUUAGGUCAUUCUCGCUCUGAUACAGACUGUUUCUGACUCCAUCUAAUUAGUUCUACACACUACGGAAAACAUAUUACCACCGUGUUAAGCCUGCAUGUAAAUAUACCAGAGCUGAAAUGCAUAAAAUAAAUAUUUAUAUAAUCUCAUGUGAAA